AUGAUUGAUCAACUUCUAAAAAAACCACCACCAAGAGGGAAACUCAAUAGCAUGUCCUUAUCAACAGCUAGUAUAGUGGACUUGAAGAGACGUAUUAGAAAUAACUACCCAAAACAAUCCGGUCUUAUCUCUUCAUACAAUUCUAAAGAGAGUUUGGUAUCAUAUAGUAGUAAUAGUGGAAUAAAUCUAUUUAAUGAUCAAAGACAAUUACUCCAACAAGAUCUUAAGAAUUAUAAACAAAAACCACCAAUUCAAAAGAGUAUUCAAUGGAAAAAAUACCCACGCUAUUUUGAUACUGUAUUGAUAUCAAAAUGUGCAUGCACCAAGAUAUUGGAUCAUUCCAUUAAAGGUGGUGACAUAGAGAUAAUGGGGAUCUUAAUCGGUACUAUACAAGAUACUAAGAUUAUUGUCUACGAUUGUUAUCAGCUGCCCGUGGAGGGGACAGAGACUAGGGUGAAUGCACAAUUAGAAUCAUACGAAUAUAUGGUACAAUAUAUGAAUGAAAUGAUCGAUGAAGACUCUAAAUUUUUAAAUGUGGUAGGUUGGUACCAUUCUCAUCCCGGUUAUGAUUGCUGGUUGAGUAAUAUUGAUAUUCAAACUCAAGAAUUGAACCAAAACUUUCAGGAUCCAUACGUCGCCAUUGUUGUCGAUCCACAUAAGAGUCUUAAAGAGGAAAAGAUGGUAAUGGGCGCGUUUAGGACCAUCUCAGAGGAUCAGAAACCUUCCAUAUAUUAUGAAUUGUCCAUGCAUGUCUUUGAUAGUGAGCUAAACCUGCCUCUCGAAAAUUCUAAACUACAGUUUGCUUUACCAAAAUUGGACUACGACCCAAAUCCAAUUUUGUUGGAUAGACUUAUGGAUACCAUGAAACAAUGGCAAGAUGCAAACGAACUGAAAAAGCAACACAACAGAGGCGAUACAACGACACCUUUACCAAGUAUGUUUUCUCUUAACAAAAUACUACAAUCUGAAAAGACUGGGACAAAGACGCUGAGUACAUCAAUAACUGAACAAAAACCUGUCCCAUAUACAUUAAAAAAAAGAUCCACUUCUGUAACUAGUUCCAUGUCUGCUGAAGGUGCUGGAACUGAUUCAGAUACAGAUAUGGGUGACAUAAAUGGCAGUGAACUGGGGAGUACAACAAGCAGCAUGUAUACAAUGAUGGACCCUUAUAUUUCCAACUCGAGAACAACGCAGCAGGCACCCACUCUUAGUAAAAAGAAAUCGUCUAAUGCCUCUUUUUUCAACUCCAAGCCAGAUUUGUUAAUGGCGCCAAAGGUGGAAGGCGACCAUUUGGGAGGGACAGGAAACAGUACUGCACUGCUCGAAAUAAAUAACAAGGAAUUAGGGACAGACAAUUUGAAAUUGGACUACGAAAAUAACAAGCGGGAAUUAUUAGGACUGAAGAUGAGAGAAUACAAAGCGUUACGUUCUUAUCGAGACACUUUCACCUUAUGA